UCACCAAAGAAAGUAGGUGAUGAUAUUGCAAAAGCUACUUCUGAUUGGAAAGGCUUGAAAAUUACUGUAAAAUUGGUUAUUCAGAAUAGACAAGCUCAAAUUGAAGUUGUCCCAAGUGCAGCAUCCUUACUGAUACGAGCUCUAAAAGAACCACCAAGAGAUAGAAAAAAGGUAAAACAUGUGAAACAUAAUGGCAAUAUUACCUUUGAAGAUAUAGUUACUAUUGCAAGGACAAUGCGCCCUCGUUCAAUGGCUAGGAAGUUGUCUGGAACAGUAAAAGAAAUUCUUGGAACAAGUCAAUCUGUAGGAUGUACAAUUGAUGGUUGUCAUCCUCAAGAUCUAAUUAAACAGAUUGAUAGUGGAGAACUGGAAGUUCCAGAGGAAUGAAAUUCGGAAAAUAAAAUGCUGAUUUAAAUUUGGA